AUGUUUUGGUAUGCUUCAUCUGCUGGAGAACGAGGUAUCCAAGUUAUUAUUGUUGGUGCAGGGGGUGCAGCCCAUUUGCCAGGUAUGGUAGCUGCAUUGACACCCUUACCUGUCAUUGGAGUUCCUGUGCGUGCUUCAACAUUAGAUGACCUUGACUCCCUUCUCUCAAUUGUUCAGGAGGACGUGUCUGAAGCUGAAGCACUUCCUGUGAUUAUAGACUUACAGUAGGUUUGAAAAACUGGAUUCGUGUAACUUUUGUUGCAGACCCAUCUUCUCUUGAAGAAGCUCUUGAUAGAGUGAAGUCUUUUUGCCAAAAGCAUUCUCAUCAGCAAAAGGUUCAUAUUCUAUUAGAAAGGAAAUUGUCAAAGGAUAAUUUAGUCAUGACUUUCUUUUAAUGUUGUACAUG